UCUCCCGCGGCGAAGAGGGCAGUAGAGCCACCGCCGAGUCCCGUCCGCCGGCGGAGCACCCCUGUCCCGCCCCCUCCCCACCCCCCAGCUCCCCCCUCCCGGCGGCGGGGGCGAGGCUGCCCCGCGGGUGACCCGCCCGACGGGCGCACCCCCACCGCAUCACAGGAGGGGGCAGCGCGGCCGCUCGCUUUGCCCCGCCGCCCGCCUGCCUCCUGCCUGCCUCCCGCCUGCCUCCUUUCCUUUCACCGCCUGGCUGCAGCCCGGACUCUGCCGAGUCAAAGCGCGGAUCAGGUUCCCUGCCUCCUGUAUAAAAAUCUCGGCGAGAAAUCUCCGGCGGGAGAGACAGACGGGGCGCGGGAGGAGCGGGGUGUGAGGCGGUAGCAGCGCCCGGCGAGCCCGUCCGUGGGGAAGCGCUUUAAAGGACGCGCUGCAGCGGCAGCAGCAGCCGCUGCUCACCGGGGUCGCCCGUGGCUUGCCCCUCUCAGCUGCGAGAGAAGAGCCUUUCUCUGCCCCAAAAUGCAACAACAACAACAACGUCGAAUGUUCACAGCUGCCCUCCUGGUACUCGUUUUCAUUCUGGCAGCUGUGAGUACCACUGAGGCUGGCAAAAAAGAGAAACCAGAGAAAAAGGCAAAGAAGUCUGACUGUGGGGAAUGGCAGUGGAGUGUCUGCGUGCCCACCAAUGGUGACUGCGGGCUGGGGACACGCGAGGGCACUCGCACUGGAGCUGAGUGCAAACAAACCACCAAGACUCAGAAGUGUAAGAUUCCCUGCAACUGGAAGAAGCAAUUUGGAGCAGAGUGCAAAUACCAAUUCCAAGCCUGGGGAGAAUGUGACUUGAAUACUGCCUUGAAGACUCGAACUGGGAACCUAAAGAGAGCCCUUCAUAAUGCUGACUGCCAGAAGACUGUCACAAUCUCAAAGCCCUGUGGGAAGCUUACCAAACCCAAACCUCAAGAAUCCAAGAAGAAGAAAAAGGAAGGCAAGAAACAAGAGAAGAUGCUGGAUUAAUGGAGCCAACUUGGGCAAUGUGAGAAAGGGACAUCAGCAAACAUGAUCAGUUAACAGUUUCAUUUAUACCUAGGCAUUUUAUCCUAAAAUUAUUUAUAGCUUAAUGGUACCAUAGAAGGAAACAAGCAAACACAGAAAAAAAAUAUCCUUUUUUUUAUUACUUUAGUAUUUUUAAUGUAUAACCCUAACAACAAUUUUUAGAGGCCUGUAACAAAGGACUCCAAACUCAUUUAGAAAAUUAUGCCUAUUGUAUAUUGAAUGAUGUAGACGUUUUGAAAAUACUUUUUUCUCAAGUCUUGCCAUAGGUCUCAAUCUGGUAAUUACUCACUGCAAGCAGAACCCAAACCUGAGUUUGGAGCUCCGCUGAAGCCAGGAAGUCCUCUGUGAGCAUAGGAGUCUAGCUGGAUGCAAUUAUAUUUAGGAUUGGGACCUUAUAUCUGACAAAACACAUACUUGUUUCUUAACUUCAUAUUACAUCUGGAUAACUGUGUGAAGUAUUUCUUUCAGGAGAGGAUGGGGGCAUUUUGUUGGGUAUUUCCAGGCAUUGAAUUUUUUUGAUGUGUGGUACACAGUCAUUGCAAAAUGCCUCUAUCUUUGGGUAAAAUCCAGUAGCACCCCUAUCCUUAGCCAUAUUUUGAAUGUUGGCAGUAAAAAAUCUGUAAUCUUUCACCAGCUGGAUAAUUUUUCCUAAUUUUUCACAAUUUUCCAGCAGUGUUUUUUCCAAGUAGAACGAUAUCAAAACUUUCCAUCUUUUUAGCAUAUCAACAUUUGUGGAUGGCAGUGACCUCUGUUUUGCCUAUAAAAGCUGAAAAAGGCUUUCUUUUAUUUGUUUAUUUUACCAGAAGGGAGAAUAUCCUUUUCAUAAAAGUCCAAUUCAAAUUGUUGCAAUUCUGCCUGACCCAACUCCCUUUUGUAUCAGCGGGGAUCUUCCUGUUUAUUUUAAUGUUAGGUGGUUGAAAAAUAGUACAUCUAGUGGGAAGGAACAGAAGAAAUCUAUUUGGAAACAGUUACAGAUAGUUCACAUUUUUGAUCAAGAAGGGGACGGUUUGUGGGACUUGAAACCAAUAGGAAUGAAAUUAUUCUUUGUUUCUCUGUUAGUAAAGCUGAAGGGAAAUAUAAGACCAGUACCUUUUGCUUUCUUCCGUUUUUAUAUAAUCAAAAAGUUCUUGGAAAAACUCGGUGAAAAUAAAAAAUUUUGUGAGGGUUUUUUUUUUUUAAUGGUCUGCAUGGAAAAGAAAGAAAAACAAAAACAAAUAUAACCAGCUGCUUUUCAGUUUGUUCAGUUUUACCUAUUCUCAGUUGUAAGUCCUGAGAAAAGUCAAAAGUAGAGAAAAGAUCUGACAAAGGGCUGGUCUGUCCCCAGGUAAAGGGUUGUCUACCAAACUAAACAACCAACAGACCAGAUUUUUUAGAGGAAACAUAAGGGACUUCAGUGCCCAAAUUUACUUCAAUUAAAUACAUCUAAACUCCAAAAGUUAAAACUCAACAGCAAGACAUAAGCUUUACCAUUUGUGUAGGCUGCAGGCUUGCCUGCUGGUCAGGAGGAAUUGUUUCCCUUGUUCUACAGAUACCCACUGACUUCAGCGAAGCUGCAGCAGGCUGUGUUCAUCUGAAUAAAUCACUUUGCUUUCUUGGGAUCAGCUUGUAGAUAAGAUGAGAAUCUUCUUCUAGACUUGUUUACCACUCCCCAUUUUCUAUGCAAAAAAAAAUUUAAAAAAAAAUUAAAAAGCAAUCAAUAACAAAUUAAAUUGUGGAGCUUGCCCUCUUUUUUCUCACACGAAGAAUAUGGCUAAUCUGAACUCACAGUGAGGCAAGUCCUUCUGUAGACAUUCCCAAACCCUUUUGAAGCCAGCUAGCCAAGGCUGCACAUAGCUCAAGAUAGAUUAGCAACAGUAGUUCCCAGACUCCUUGGGUGUGUUUUGCAGUCUGUAUUCUUUUCCUUGUUAUUUUGACUCCGCUGUUACACAUACCUGAGCCAGUGGUAUAGUUAAAAUGUCCCAAACAUGGUGGACAUGCAAUGACCAAAUCCAAUAUACAGCAUAAAGUCUCAUAUUUAGGUGGUUCUGGGUACUAUUUUGUUUGUUCAUGGUCUACGCAGGUCUACCAGUGCUUGUGCCUCUGGUUAAACUCAUGCAUUGGUAGGUCUGAUCGAAAGCAAAGGCAGAAAGAAGCUUUUUAACUCACCAAAGGUCUGUCUGUCCAAAUGCUGCAUCAGUUCACUUAAAGUGGUUCAACUUUGAGUGUAACACUGUUGCACCAUUGUCUUACACAUGUAGUUCACUUUUCACAGGGAGCUGGCAAGAGCUGGGAAUGACGCUGAGGCCAACAGCUUGACUGUCCUUCAGUAAAUCUUAGGUGUGAUUUCUGAUUUCCACUCCCAUGAGUAAGAAGGAAAUAAAUUCCCCUGUGUUUCCUCUGACACUUUCUAGCCUUUAAGAUUGACUGCCCAUCUGACUUGUUAAAGGAACAUAAUCAAUAUUUUUUGAAGGAGGCCAAUCAAGGUCCCAUUGUUGCAAUGGUGGUGUAGGGCCUCCAUGGAGAGGGUUUACAGAAAGCAAAGAAAUAAACAAAAAAAAUGCCAUGUUAGGACCAGAAGAAAGCUCAACAGUCCUGGUAGCAGAGAGUGUGAAACAGCAGAAAACUUCCUCUGCAUGACUCAGCCACAGUUAAUUGGAUCUAUAUUGGCAUCUUACUGUUGACAUUAAUUGGAGUUGUAUCUGUCAUAGCUCAUAUCCAAUGAAUGAAAAUUUCAAUAAAUCAGCAGAAAGCAUUCCGUGGAAACUCUGGCUAUGCAGAUGAUAAAAGUAAUUCAUGGCAGAACACAGAGGAAUGUUGAAUAGGAUAGAUCAGUCAGAGCAGCUCUGAAAAGAUGUACCUGGUACCUAACAGAAAGAGUUGCUUCACUAGUGGCAUUAUAAAGAAAGCAAGAGGCAAAUAUCUGAACAAAACCUCUUCCCACCUCAUCUUGCUCAGUUUUCACUUGAGUAAUUUUGAAAUUCCUCCUUAUUUUCUUUCAGAUCAUCUACCCUCCCUCCUUUGGGAGAGCAAGCUUGUCUGACAGUGCUGUGAGGGCGGCUACUUCAGAUGAAAUACGUGUUUUGCCCUCUUGGUGCUAUCCUGCUACAGUGGAAAAUGAUUUAGUAUAGAUGUUUUGCUUAGCUAGUUUAACAGACUGAAGCUUAUUUCAUGAAUGUCCCUCUUGAGAAAUGGUUUUUGUCUUCAUUUUCUACUUCUAUAAUAUGGUAUAAUAUGUCAGCCUUUUUCUGAUACUCAAAUCUCUUGGUAAAGAGAGAGCUGAGCUGCUGAUCAUCACCUAAGAAUGAAUCUCCAUACAGAUGCUGGAUUCUCACAAGUUAAAAUUAUUGGGAACUUGAGUAUAGCUCCCUUCUCUUUAUCUAGGCUAAGCCAUGCUUCUAAGCACUUAGGACUGUCUGUAUCUUGAUCCAAAACAAUAUUUGAGGUUUGGAGCAUUUUCUAAUAGAAGUGUUCAUCUUGAAAGAGAAUCAUGGCUUGUUAGCCUGACGUAAUUAACACACUUAAGUGCAGCAAAAAGGCUCCAGAAAGGGAAAACACUUGUACAUGCAAGUAGAUACCAAGCUGUAAUUUAAUGAUUCUCAUCUAAUUCCAUCAUAACAUUCUGGACUGUACUGUUUUUCGAAGGAGAAGAAUUAGGAGAAAUGAAAGAACAAUAAUUAUAGAACAUAUCAACAGUGUUGGAGACUUUGUCAAGAAAAGACAGAUAUGAAGUCUGGAGCAUAUUUUACAAAUUCUUUUGCAUGCUUCUCAAUUAGAGAAGGCAGAAUUUCUCACUGGCACAUUUGUUUUAUGCUUUGCUUGAUUUGUGCCUUAAUAAAAACUAAUCAAAAGUAGAGUAUCACUAAAAGGACAGAGAAGUCCCAUUCCAACCUCAAAAGAAGGUGUCCACCAGGAGGCAGCAUCAAAGGGAGACAUUAGUAUAACUGUCUUUUCUGGUUCAGGAGUGCAAGUUAUGAUGAUGUUGACAGGAGAACACAAGGAAUUUCUUUAACUUUGGUUUAUAUCCUUCACCAUUUGGCAUGUGGCAAUGAACAAUUCAAAUAAAGCAAGGACUGUUAGGAUGAACUAUGGGGAAGGUCAUACUUACAGAGCCUGUUCAUGUGAACAGACCUAUAAUGCUCCUGAAACUAACCAAGCUGCUAGCAGGGAGCAUUUGAAGAUAGACAUUGUAUAGCAUUCUCCUUUUGGUGUUUUUUUGUUUUUUUCUUAAUGGAUUCCCAUAACAUCUGAUGAACUUCCUCUGUUUAACGUCAAUGAUGAGGGUGAUAGAAAAGGCAACCUGACUUGCCUUCAGUCUAGGAAAUGUAACAACAUUAAUGAUGUAAAUCAGCCACUUUUCUAAAGCAUAAUAUUGGUGAAAUACACCAUUUUGACAUGACACAAUAGUGUUGCACAGCUCUGAAAUUAUUACAGGAAGAGAAAGCAGUAUGUCAGUGGAGGUUGGUAUCUCAUAUGCCAUCUUUUCAACUCUCUAGGACACCAUCUUCUGUGAACUUCUGACUGUGUUCUCUUCUUUGUGGGGACAUAUUAUCCUUGUUCUCUGCCUUCCUCCAUUCAUCCUUAAUUUUGAUAAUGUUGGUAGUUGUAAUGUUUGUAAGGCACUCUACUUCUCAGUCAGACUUCUACAGAAACUGCUUUUCCUUCCCUUUGCUUGAGGUUGUGUUUUCUGUUUCUUGCUGGAUUGUUGAAAAACAGGCCCAGCAAGCCCCUACCAUCAGGUAUUUGUCAGUGUCCUUCUAAGAUUAAAAGACACAGUUGCAACUUAUUGAUUAAGACGAUGACAAUGAGCAAGGAAAUAAGAGAAUGAACAAAGAGAUUCCCUGGAUUCAGUGGGAAGAUGUCUUGCUGGUAAAACCUUUGUCACAGCUCAGCUUGGGGAAGGCUUCCUAGAGGACAGUAAUGCAUCCCAUUUGAUCGAAAAUUAAGAGACAGUGAUGAAAGAGUGCUUGCCUUCGAACAGAAAAACACCUUAGCAAGAUAAGCAGUGAUAAGAAGCUGCAUGCUUUCCCACUGUGUCCUCUUUUAGCAUCAAAUUAAAAAGAAGAGACGUAGUGCAUGGAGCUUUAGGGACAGUGGAAGACUUUCCUGGCCAAAGUAGAUUAUGUAGAGAGCCUCUUCCAGCCUAUGGGUAUUCCACUUGGAGAAGGUCUUGAUAAUCUUCUUUAUAGAAGCAGAUAUCUUUGUGUGCUUUUGGACCAAAACUAAAUGAUGGUGUAGUCUAAUUUUCCUGAUGUUUCCUUUUUGCUACUCUUUAAAAAUGGCAGUCUGCCUUGUGGCCUCAUGCCUCUGAACUGAGCAGCAAUGAGAUAUUACAAGAGAAGCAUAGGAAUCCAACUAUAUUCAAUUAUUAUUAUCUCAUUGGUGGGGCUGUGCAACCCUUUGACCCUUUCUGCAGCUUGCCAUUUAAAUGUGGAAUGUCUUGGGGGUCACAGCUGGCCAAAAACUCAAUAGGUAUCUUGUAGCCUUUAAAUUGUCUGGCUUUGAGAGAGUUGCCUAGGAAAAAAAUUGUCCCUACAGUUCUUACUCCUUUCUUUCAAAAACAUAAUAACAAGCAAAACCCACAACAAAACUGAAAGGACGUGUCCAGUGUAUGAAUUUACGAAUGAGAUAGAACAGAGGCUCCCAAGCAUUCUGAUUUCAGACGGUUGUUCAAAGGUAAGGGCUGUACAAAAGCUUUGGCCCUGAAUUCUGUGAUGUAAAGCUAGGAACAUGGAUAACCUCUGUCCAUAUCCACUUUCAUUCAACUAUGCUGUUUGAAUUCUCUCACCCUAAUCUACCUAACAAUAGGACAUUAUUUAACUUCUUCGUAAGGUCUUUCACUGCACUUCCCAUAUUAUACUGAUGUAGUUAUCUAGAUUUUUACAGCUGAAGGAAAUGGCUCUGAUAAUCCAGAGUGUGUUGUGAUUGCUGAAAUGACCUGAAGCAGAGGCAGGCUAGUACUGCAGCAUUUUGAAAAAAUAGAAAGCACCUAAUGGGGAUGUCAGGAUCAGACACAGCAGCUCUUUAAAUAUACGUGCAUACAUACUCCAUAUAUAUGUAUAUAUCCAUAUAUACAGGGAAGCAAAUAACAAAAAAAAGUGCAUCUGUAACUCAAAACAUGUCUCACAACUAGUGCUGCCAUGUUUUCAAGCUGAAGUAGAAGUGGAACAGCUUUUUGUCCUCUGUUGUUAUUUACACAAGGACACAAGAGUAGUAAAUAGGAAGAGCUAAGCUUCUUCCCACUUGCCAGCAUAGCAGUUUAAGGACAGCUGUGUCCCAGGAAAAUGCAAAACACAUGCCAGUGAAAUGGCUGGUAGGGCUUAGUGUCAGAGUGAUGUUCUCUUCUGUCACACCAGGUAUAUGGAAUGGCUUUGUUCAAAGCUUCAAAGUGGACAAACUUCUUCAGUUAGGUGUAAACAUAGAAACCUAGGCAGAAAAAGGCUUUUCUCUGCCAAUAAAAAGUGUGGAAAAUGGAAAGCAAAAAGGUGGAAAAAAAAUAAAACAGAAAUCAUUUUAAUACUUGUAGUUUGGGCGUUAAACAGAAAGAAGUAAUGAAAGCUGAAAUAACAAAUUAAAGCCUGACUGUCGUGUUCAAUGGAUUUCUAAUUCUGUAUAUAUCUAUUAAACCAGUGCUAUAUGGUAUCUUCUCAUGGGUUACUCUCUUUUCCUAUUCCUUUUCCUUUUUUUUUUUUUUUUCCAGUUUGUAUAUUGAUUUUGUAAGCUAGCAGUGUGUUACCUUUUUGAUUUUUUUAAACUUGUAUGAAAGCCAUAUAUCCGUAUUGUAGAAUGAAAGCAUUAAACCUGUAACAACCCUUAAUGUUUCCCUUAGCUCUGUGGGAUUGUGGGAGGCUCUAGCAAAUGUAUAUGUUUACCAAUUGUAUCAACAUAAUUUACUUGCUCUUAGUGGCGAUAAAGAAUUAAAUAAACUAAUACACAAAA